CAGGGAGUGGUUCUGGUUCCGGGUCAGUCCCCGCCCGGGCAGGCUCCUCGGGCGGUGCGCGGGGGUGGCGGUCCCGGCCAUGCGGAGCCGGGCCGGGCGGCGGCGGCCGCGCAGGGCCCUGCCUGGGCUGUGGCGGGGCCCCGUGAGCCGCCGGGGGUAGGGCGGGGUGUUCCCCUUCCCUCUCCCCCCACCCCCCUCCCCCGUCGCCAUGUACACCUUCGUGGUGCGGGACGAGGGCAGCAGCGUGUACGCCGAGGUGAGCCGGCUGCUGCUGGCCAGCGGGCAGUGGCGGCGCCUCCGCAGGGACAACCCCCGCUUCAACCUGAUGCUGGGCGAGAGGAACCGGCUCCCCUUUGGCAGGCUGGGUCAUGAACCUGGACUUGUGCAGCUGGUGAAUUACUACAGGGGAGCAGACAAGCUGUGCCGCAAAGCAUCUCUGGUGAAGCUAAUCAAGACAAGCCCUGAGCUAUCGGAGUCCUGUACAUGGUUCCCUGAGUCAUAUGUUAUUUACCCAACAAACUUGAAGACCCCCGUGGCUCCGGCACAGAAUGGAAUUCACCAUCUCAUAAACAACACCAGGACAGAUGAGCGGGAAGUCUUCUUGGCAGCUUACAACAGGCGGCAGGAAGGCAAAGAAGGCAACGUGUGGAUUGCCAAGUCCUCAGCUGGUGCCAAAGGAGAAGGGAUCCUAAUUUCAUCAGAGGCUACAGAGCUUCUGGACUUCAUCGAUGAGCAGGGACAAGUGCACGUGAUUCAGAAAUACCUGGAGAAUCCUCUACUUUUAGAGCCAGGGCAUCGCAAGUUUGACAUCAGGAGCUGGGUUCUCGUGGAUCAUCAAUAUAAUAUCUACCUCUACAGAGAGGGUGUCCUGCGGACCUCUUCCGAACCAUAUAACAGUGCUAAUUUCCAGGACAAAACCUGCCACUUGACCAAUCACUGCAUUCAGAAGGAAUAUUCCAAAAACUAUGGGCGAUAUGAGGAAGGGAAUGAAAUGUUCUUUGAGGAGUUCAACCAGUAUCUGAUGGAUGCCCUGAACACAACGCUUGAGGAUGGCAUCUUACUGCAAAUCAAACACAUAAUAAGAAGCUGCCUUAUGUGUAUAGAGCCUGCAAUCAGCACGAAGCAUCUUCACUACCAGAGCUUCCAGCUAUUUGGUUUUGACUUCAUGGUGGAUGAGGAGCUGAAAGUCUGGCUAAUAGAAGUCAAUGGGGCCCCAGCGUGUGCUCAGAAGCUGUAUGCAGAGCUCUGCCAAGGAAUUGUGGAUGUAGCCAUCUCUAGUGUUUUCCCCCUCAAUGACACUGGGCAGAAGAUGAGCCAGUCAUCAUCGAUCUUCAUCAAGCUGUGAUGACAUCAGGACUGCCACUGCUGUGAACAGGGAGAGACUGCGUCCCUGGGAUCAGCACAUUUCGGUGGCCUAUCUCAGUAAUAUGCCAAAAAGUGAUAGAGACAGGCUUCUUAUUUUCUUGGAAACCACAGGGAAAAACAACAAAACAGGCAUCCACUCAAAGCUGUGAUUAGCCAGAGCUGCUCAGAUAACUCUGCCUGCAUUCACCAAAAUCCACUUUAGAAACAGCUUCUGUAACUUUGAUAUCUGAAACAAAUCUCUCUGGGAGAACAACAAAAUAACCUUAAAAUCAAACUCCAACAGGGAUACUGUAUAUGCUCUAUUAGCUCCUCCUUUUCUAUAGAGAUAACACUGGGUUUUUUAAGGGAACUGAGCAAAGAGAAAGAUGAAGUUGU